GCUUGCAUUGCAUGCAUCGGUAACUCAUCUUUAAUAUGGAGGGCUCGAAACCCCCGUAUGCGCCACUGGUCUGUCCUUGCAUGUCCUCACACGUUCUGGUGUACCUCGCGUUGCGAGCAAGUCAGAGUGAAUGGGCGCGUAUAGGACCAGACUCUGGGCUUGCCGAAGCGUAUUCUACGGAGCUGAUCCGGGUCGCCUUAUGA